AUGGCUGUUUCUCAGGAAACGGCGGCUCCCAUCGCCCUCCCUGAAAAGGCGGCGUACGCACCGCUCUCCGACAAUAUGACGUCGGGCAACCUCACUCCCGUCGCCUCGACUCCCGAGAAGAGCUUGGAGAUGCCCCGCGAAAGCAACCUUUCUACCCCGCGGUCCUACCGCAACGAGAACCCCUUCGACACGGAUAUCGAGGCCAUGAUCACUACGACAUCCUCCUCUGACCCUUACGCCAUGAAGAGCAUCACAACCACAAAGGACUGCCCAACGAUAUGGCCGGGUAAGCAGGAUUGGAAGGCUAAGGCCAAGGCUGCAAAGAGGGACCGUGGCUCCUGCGCCUGCAUGGCUCGCAUGAGCAAGAAGAACCGCAUCAUCAUGAAGGUUGCCAUCGGCCUUCUCAUUAUUGGUGCCGGCGUCGGUGUCGGAUUCGGCGUCAGCAAGCCCUUGGGCGCACCCAUCUGGGGCGACAACGACAAGAACCAUUGA